GGAGAAAUAUUUUAUGUAUUCAUUUCACGUAUUUCAUUAUUGCAUUGUGAUACGUGAACACAUAAUUAAUCAUGUCAAAGUCUUUGUCUUUUAAUUUCGGGAAGCACUCCAUUUAAUUUGCAAACAAGAACAGCUGCUAUACAAGGUUGAACGCAGAUACAAUACUGUAUAUAAAAAGAAAUGGUUGAAUGGUCUCCUCUAUCCAGUUCACAAUUCGAUUUGCAUAUGAUUUGCAAUUUGUGAGGAUGAUCAAGUUAACUAUUCUUGUCGCUAUCAGUGCCAUCGCCCAUCAGGCUUGCUGCGAUGAGCCCGAACGAAUCAUCGGCGGUGACAUAGCCGCAAUUGGUCAAUUUAAAUAUCAAGUAUCCCUCCAAUCUUACGGUGAGCAUAUUUGCGGGGGUACUAUCAUUAGUAGUACGCACAUCCUUACUGCUGCUCAUUGCGUAGAUGAUGAUUUUUAUACAAACGACAUGAUUGUCGUAACUGGAACCAAUAGUCCGAGAAUAGGUGGCGAGAAACAUGACAUCAAAUGCAUUCGAAUACAUUCAGGAUACACCGGUGAAAAAGAGAAUGGCUGGAAGGAUGAUAUCGCUGUGAUUACCUUGAAAAAACCGAUUGAAGCAAACGAUGUCCAAGGUCUGAUUCCUUUAGCAAGUAAAAACUACAUUAACGGCGGCAAACGCGGCAUCGUGAGCGGAUGGGGAAGGACAAAAACAAGUGGAUCAUCCUCAGAAAUACUCAGAUGGCUUAGCGUGAAUGUCUUGAGUCAAGAGCGCUGCUUGCAAGGUCACAAAAAUCCACGCACCAAUGAAAACCAGAUAUGUACGUUGGAAAAGGUUGGGAAAGGUGCUUGCCAAGGUGACAGCGGUGGUCCACUCGUUGUUGAUGAUGAAGUCGUUGGUGUCGUCUCUUGGGUCUUGCCCUGCGCUUUGGGCAUAUCUGAUGUAUAUACUAAUGUUUAUAACUAUCGUGAUUUUAUCGAAGAAUCUCAAUUAACAUGCUGAUAGGUUUGAUGAUUGAUUGAUAAUUAAUUUUUGCAAAAUAUUAUUUAAUUUUUUUUUUGUCAAUAGUUUAACAAAUAUUUUUCACAAAGCAAUAAUGAAAAUGUGUUAUUUAAAAAAAGCAAAAUAAUUUUACUUUUUAUUCUUGUAAUUUGCAUGAUAUUAAGACACAUUCUUUUGAAUCAUUAAUAUUUUUCGAGGAAGUAAUAUAAAAGGAUAUAAAAUAAUAUUGACAAUAUAUAUUUUUUAAUAAACUUUAUGUAUGCUUCUACCCAACAUUUAAUUUAAACUGUUUAAUAUAGUAUCAUAUUUUAUUAUCGACAUCUUUCUAAUAUGAAAGUCAAUUAAUCCAUCAUAUUAAUAUUUUCAUAAUUACAAAGAUUAUUAAUGUAUUAUACUGCAAUCUAGUUUUUUGAAAUAAAUGAAGCUGAUUCAGU